AUGGAAUUGACAUUUGAAAGUUACGACCCAAGUACUCCAGAGCCUUCCGUGCUUCCUGGCCAAGACGUUUUUCUACCAGGGUUUGGCUUACCUCUCGACGAACUGCCGCCAUGGAGCCGAGAGGACAACAAACAGCGCUUUCCUCACGCCAUUCUCGAGCUCGGUGCUAGUAAUGGCAUUACGCUGCGGGAGCGACGGAUGCUGGAUUUUGUCAACAAAAUCUCAGACAAGCCUGAAUGGGAUCGCAAAGUCUUCGACGAGUCCAUUGUGUCCAAAUGGCAAAUGGAAGCAACGCGCUACGAUGAUGAGAUCAAGGAUGUUUAUCUUUCCAAGCAGAUGUUCGAUCAUUGCAUCCUCGAACUCCGGGAGAAAGCGCUGGUGCACCAAGACAAAGGACUGGUCGCGGUUCUGGACGUCGAAGUCGCCGUGAUGAAGUCUGAUGUCGCCGUGCCCGAAACUCUAAGGCAGGCCCUGAUUGAACAUGUUCGGCCGUUGGAGGAUGUCCCAAAACCUCUCAAGGAUUGGCAUCCCGGCUCAAACAAGAUGGUCCUGGAUCUGGUCCAUCCUUCGCUGUAUCCCGUGGUCUUUGGCCGUACGCGGGCGCUUCCCAGCGGGCGUGUCCCUCUGAACGACUGUGCCAAGUAUAUCGGAAAAGGUGAGGUGAUUCCAGCGCAUGACACCGAUGACUUUGAAAUAAUCGACGAAUGGACGGAUGAAUCUUGGGAUUUGCCGGCGUGGGGCAACUUCCAAUGGCUGCCGGCGCAGAUCGACUUCACACCCGACGGCCACGCAAAAAUCGCGAGCUACAUCAACAACCUCCAUCCACAAGACCAUGCCCAUCUCUAUACUACCCUCGAGCAAUUCGUAGACAAGGCCGUUCCUCUCUGGAACGAAAGUCUGUCGUGGUUCCACGACCGUACCCGCAUCCACCCGGGGGAACUGAACGAUGACAACUGGGAGGUCCCCAUAUUCCCUCAACGCACAAACCACCCCGACAGCCAACUCCCCGGCGACGAAGACUGGUCGCCCCGCCAAGACAGAAUCUGGGCCUGCGACCACAGCCUCGAAGCCGAAUACGACCGCUGGUGGAAAGCCAACCGCGUGCUCAAGCCCAUCGAGCCCUCCGCCUUCGCCCCCUUCGCCUCGACCCUCAACCGCCCCGGCGCCCACCCCAUCGACCUAAAACGCGACUUCGCCACCGACGGCCUGCAAGUAAUCUUCAAGCUCGCCACCAUCCAUCUCACGCCAUCGCAGCCGUCCUACAGCGGCAGCACCUGGCACGUCGAAGGCUCCCUCAACGAGCGCAUCUGCGCCACCGCCCUGUACUACCUCGACGCCCACAACACCACGCCCUCAUCCCUCGCCUUCCGGCAGGGCAUCAACAUCGAAGAAAUGGCCAUGAAGCCCGCGCAAUACGAGCACUCCUCCCUCCACGCCUACUACGGCAUCCCCACCUCUCCCUCCGCCGCUGCUGUCCAGCCCCUCGGCCGCGUCGCCACGCCCCCCGCCCGCCUCCUCGCUUUCCCCAACACCCUGCAGCACCGUGUCGACGCGUUUCAGCUCGCUGAUCCUACGCGUCCGGGCUGGAGGAAGAUCCUUGCGAUGUUUCUCGUCGACCCGAGACAGCGCGUCUUGUCGAGUGCGAAUGUGCCGCCGCAGCGGAGGGACUGGUGGGUGAGGGAGGUAAGGGAGAGUGUGGCGAGGUUGAGGGAUUUGCCCGAGGCGGUGUGGAGGGAGGUGGUCGGGUACCUGGGCGAGGGGGAGGAAUGGAAUGCGGGGUGGGGGUGGGAGGAGGCGGUUAAGGUGAGGGAGGAAGUGAUGGCGGAGAGGGGGAGGUUGGGGAAGGAGUUGGAAGGGGUGGUCAAGGAGAGGGUUUUCAACUUUUGCGAGCAUUGA